GUGUUAAGAUUUGAUUCACACUGCAUCACUCGCGCAUCUGACCGUUUGGGCUUUGUGGCUGUUGACGUCUCAGGCUCCGACUCCUGUCCAGUGUUCAGUGUUCAGUGUCCAACGCCCAGCGCUCCCUUCUGCUGCCAGGGGAGAAAAUCCGGAUCCAGGUGGUGCAGAAGACAAAAGGGGAGGGAAAAAACAAAAAGUUGCUUUGAGUCGAAAUUCCUCAAAAGGAAAAAUUUGUUCAUUCGGCCUUGUCUUGGAAAUGUGAUAGAUAGGGUGAAUAUUCAUUUUUUAUGACUAAGUUGACCAGUAGGAACGCUUUGGUCUCCUUCCCCGUAACCUAUUUUUUUGCUUUUCUCCCACGCAAAAAUUAAAAAAGCCCUUCUUUUUUGGUUUUCAUGCAAACAAAGGACGGAAAAUCAAAAGAACAAUGAUGCUGCGUGAAAAGGACAAAAUUCCGGACGAAAACAAAGAGGUUUUUUCUAGCCCUAGCCCUCGCAUAUCUGUCCAGCCAGGAGACAUAUGAAUUCGCAGCUGUACCUGGAAAACGGGUAUGAAACAUCCAAUGGUCUGGGGCCUUGAUGAGCACAUACGAGCCAAUAGGGCAUCAUAGCUUGAGUUGAUUUCCCUGAUGAAGAGGUUCAAAUUAAAAGGGAGAAUUCUGAUGCGACUGCGACGGUCUGCGAGAUGGGUGCUGAGUCAACUUGGUGCCAAGUUAAGUUAGUUAACUGGUUACCAGAUACGGCGGGCGUUUUUUUUUUUAUUGUCCCUUUCACCUAUCACAGCAUGAACACUAUCCUCUCCUUUCUUUCUUCCCAUGGAUAUUGUUGGUGGUCUUGUUGAAAUGGCAGCCAGCUAGGUUAUUGACUGGCGAAUUCUUUGUGAAAGUUCUGAGAGAUAAGACUGUUUUAUGCUGUAUUAUUUCCUGCAUGGACCGGGAAUCAGUUGGCUCCGUCCCCGAAAGAGCAGCCGGAGAGCUCUGGAGCGGUGUUCCCAGCGAGAUACUGGCACUCUGCGGGUUGGUUGGUGACAAUCACAGACAUAGGCACAUUUACUGGCGAUCAUCCCUGGCGGAAAUAAUCUGCCCGCCAGCUAGCCUAGACACUUCCAUGUCGUGGAUCGGCGAGACCGCCAGAGAACUUCAAAAUCCACAUGCCCCCUUGGCCCCUUGGAUGCUAGCAGGGCCAAAAUAUUCCGUUGCGGUCCUUGUCAGCGUAACUCUGAACCCUGACGCUCAUUCCCCCUCAUCCAAGUGGCUUGUCACCUCGCAGCUCACAAUGUGUGCCCCGAUAUUCCCCGAUCGGCACCCAGACAAACCACGUGUCAGAUUAGCCGGCGGGCAUAGCCGCGCGGCGCCGGUUCCGAACUUGGGCACCAAGGCCCAGGCCCUUGCGAGGCUGUGA